AUUAAUUUCACAACCAGUGCUACUCAUUCCGUAGUUCGGGUCGUGUGUACGUCUGUAACAGUUUCAAUUUUUAAACAUGAAUUUGCUAACAAAAGAAUUUUUUCGAUUGAUCCAAUUGCCACUCCUAGUUUACAUCAAUGUAUUAACCAUUGCCCAGCCAUCGGUCGAAAUUAAAUGCACAUACGAAUAUCAAAUGUGGGGAAUGCAGAGCAUCGGCACAAUCUACGAGUGCGAAUGCAAAGAGAGCAUUAAAGCACCCGAACGAAAUACGGUCGUAUCGAAUGUGACUGGAAUGCACGUCCCCUCCGCAAACAAUUCAAAUGUGCAGGGAAUUCACAUCUUCGGCGCUUCAUAUUUACCGACAGGUAUAGAGAAGUUUUUCCCAAACUUGAUUGGGCUCAGUGUGGAACAGCAUUUGAAAGAAAUUACGAAAAAUGAUUUGGAACCAUUUCCGAACCUAAAACAUGUGUGGUUGGCUCGUAAUCAGUUGGAAGUGAUCGAAGAGGACCUUUUUGUAUACAAUCCAGACUUGGUGUACAUUUCAUUGAGACAAAAUUUUAUCAAAGAAAUCGAUUCGAAUGUCUUCGAUCACCUCGAUCGACUGUCGAUACUUGAACUCGAUCGCAAUGAAUGCUUAAACGAUAAUGCAAUUGGACGGUAUGCCGUAGUGCAACUUAUUAAACAAGUAAAGGAAAAAUGUACAGUGGAACAAACGACUGAAACAACCGGUCCAGUCACAGCCCCUGCUAAAAUGAAAAUUACCCAACAAGAGCUGUUGAACGAAAAGGAAAUACUGACCGAAAAAGUGCACUUUUGGAAAAGUUUCAGCAUUAUCCUUUUGUUAGUAGCUGUGUUUGUAACGAUAGUUGUAAUGGGUGUGCUCAUCCAAAGGCAUGGCGGACAUAAUGUAGUUAAAUUCGUUUUAUUUAGAAAUUCUUAAAUUUAACCGAAAUAAAAUUACAAUUUUACUCGUACACAA